AUCCCCCCCGCCUCCUCGCACCAGUGUCCGAUCCACGGCAAUCAAAAGAUUCUCAUAAUUUAAAGAAAGCGGAUAUAGUGCACCUUGCGGUGACUCACGAGGGGGCAGGCAGAGAGGAGAGAGUGAUACCCAGCCGAGAAGCGCCGUGGGAGAAAAGAGGCUUUGUUCAUGGAGGCUGAGUAGUGACGGAGUCGCACAAUCUAUUCCUGGAUGGGAAACACGUAACACUUAACACUAAGCUGUUAAGAGAGGAAGUGUAACAUCACUUAAAAACAUGCGUUUCAGUGUAAAAUUAGGUGUUAAUUUGAGGGUUUUUAACUGGAUUCUCAGAGCUUGGCACUGAUUAGAGGGUGGUCCCUUCCACUCUAAAGCGUGGGGCAGUGAUGAGAAAAUAAAAAGAGAACCUCUGAAGUUUAAACAGUGUGAUUUUUACAGCCUCUUUAUACCGAGUCAUAUAUAUUCUGUUCACUUCUAAUCCAGCCUGCUAACACAUCCUCUGACUUUCCCAUGAGAUGAAUGGGUCUUGUUACUAGUCACUGGGCAUCUAUGCUUACAGCAGCAGCAGCUGGGGAGGUGGGGGUGUGUGUGGGUGUAGGGGGGUGAAGCUGCCCCUGCAUCAAUGAGCCUGUUUAUCAGAAAAGACCACUAGACUGGUAAUGACAUGGUUCACUGAUCAGCCCGGGAGAAAGUAAACCUCAGCUUUCACCUUCCUUCCUAUAUUUAAGCCGGGCGUUCGCCCUCGAUUGUUUCAGUCUACCUCUCUGUGCGCUCCACCAGGAUCCUGGGAUGAUUUGGACCGCAGCUCUCCUCGUGAUCGUCGGCUCAUACGCUGACUCAGAUGACUACUGUUAUGAUGAGCCACAUUGUGAUUCUUACUCAUGGGGAGACAUGUUCCCUUCCUGUUACUCUUUAAUUGAUCACCAUGACUCUCCCAUCAACUUGGACGAACACAUGGUCAGAAACGCCUCUCUGGGCGCUCUGUAUCUAGAGGGCUUCGAGGAGACGCAAACAGGCCACUGGACGCUCAAAAACGACGGGCACUCAGUCAUACUGCAGGUCGGCAGCGGCAUGGCGGUGAGUGGUGGCGGCCUUCCAGAUGUGUACCACACCAUCCAGCUGCACUUCCACUGGGGAGGUCCGGCGUCCAACGGCUCAGAGCACACCGUGGACAGACGCAGAUACCCAAUGGAGAUGCACAUAGUCAACAUUAAGUCCAUCCAUCCAAAUCUGUCUGCAGCCCUCGACGAUCCAACAGGACUUGCCGUUCUUGGAUUCUUCAUUGAUGUUGUGUAUGCAGAUAAUGUGCACUUUGGACACAUCUCACAGAAACUCUCCUCUGUUGCUUACAAAGGGCAAGCAACUAAAGUAAAGCCAUUUCCUCUAAUGAGCCUCCUGCCGAAGCACAACAUGAGUCAGUAUUACCGAUAUUACGGCAGCCUUACCACCCCUCCAUGUUCUCAAGCGGUUGUGUGGACUUUGUAUGAGGUCCCCAUCUACAUCUCAUGGUCCCAACUGGCUCAGUUUACCUCGCAGAUCUUCUCCACAGAGGAGGACGCAGAGCAGGUGACGCCUCUCCAGAACAAUUUCAGACACAUUCAUCACAUCCUCAGUCGCGUUGUCUCAGCCUCCAUAGAUGCCAAACUCCUCAGAGGAGCGGCUGGUCGAACCCUCUGGUCUGCUACAUCAGUGCAUCUGCUUCCAGUCCUUUUACUGGGAUGCUUCUUACCUGGACUUUAGCACCAUGUUAAAUCCAAGGCGUGAAAUAGUACAACACCAAAAUUAAAAUUAAAUAAAUAAAAAACAGAUUAGUUGAACUUUUCAUUUAAGGAGAAGUUUUCAGACAUUUAGAAAUACUCUAGGAAAAACAAGCAAACUGUGAAGAAGAGUACUGUAAGUGUUAUUUAACGUCUCAUGUGUUUUCAGGAUAUUUGAUUUCAUUAGCAUGUUGCUAACCGUUUAAUGUGAAGCAUUUUGCAUUCAAAGUGUGCUUUUAAAAACUACAGUCUAAUGUACAUGCGUAUAUCCUUUGUUUUUCUGUAGUGAGCAAUUAAAAAUAAAAAUAAAAGCUAAGUUAAGUCAAAGUAAAACUUUGGAAAUUGGGUUGGUUAGCAUAGCAUGUUAGCAUGCUAACAAGGUUGAUUGUUUAUAAAACAUUUGAAAAAUUAAAAGUAUUAGUCACGCAUUUUAAGCUGAUGAUGAUGAUUUAAAAAUGUGCCCAAAUAACGCAGUAAUGCAGAUUUAUGAAAAAAGUAAAGAAAUAUAUAAAGAAAAAUACAAUUAGAUCUAUAAUUCACUAGACAACAAUAUAAUUUCCAUAUCUCUGAAUGCCACUACAGUGGAUUUUAAACAGCUGAGAUGUGAUUUAAAUGCAGAUUUUCAGUUUUAAUUUAAAAGAUUUUUAUAAAAUGUAUAUAGUCUUUUAAUUAAUUGAACAAACCCAUAUGAAUUUAAACAUAAAUAUUGUUGAAACUGACACUAUUACUUCCUCAAGAGUGUGACUAGAUGUGAAACUGUUUUUUCUUUACCAUCGAAAUAAUUCUGUGGUCAUCCACUUCACCAUUUCUGUGGUCUUUCAGACCUUUUUGAUGUCCCCAAGCUGGCUAGUACAUUUAUUCCCUUUAAGAUUGAACUGAACUGCUGAUUUGAACACUCCUAAAGAUUUUGCUAUCGUUCUGAUAGAUUUAUUUAUUUCAGUCUAACAGAGGUCUCCCUCACUUGUACUGACACCUUUACGGGCCUCUCAUUUAAAAUUACAGUGAAAAGCCACUAUAUAAAGCUGACAGUCUUACCCUUCGAUCAUUUCUUGAUUUUGUUUUAAUGUAAAGUAUCCACUGUUGUGUUAUAAUGAGGCAAAACUAUAAAAUAUAUUAAUAUUAAUUAAUAUUAAUAUUAAUUCUAAGUGUUUAACUCCUCUGUUUAGUAACAUCAAUAGACGCAGAGUCAAUCGCAACAUUGUUCUGAAGCACAGACAUGUCGCCGCUCCGUCAGCAUCACCACCAUUCAAAAUUAUUGUUAUUUAACACUUAAUGACACUUAAUGAUAUGAAAAUUGAUAGAUUAUAACCCAUUAAACUGUCUGCGUUUGUAGCUAUUUCCUAUUUACUCAUUAGUGUAAGUUAUAUAUUAACAUCAGUAGUUUCAGCUUUUUUAUGUACUUUUAAGGAUUUAACUUCUUUAUAAUCUUCUCAUAACUAUUUUAACGAAUUUCCAAACUACUUUCAGCACCUUAACUCUGAUAUUAACAUUAUUGAUUAAGGUUAAUUGUGUGUGUUUUCUAAGGGUUUAAUUUUUAGUUCAGAGAGUAGACAAGAGAGCAUGGAGAGGAUGCUUAGCUGUUUUAACCACUGAGCCAGCUACUCAUUGUUUAACUGUGUGCUUGUGUUGGUUAGCGAUAAAAUCUAACCCUUUCAACUCUGAUAGAUUUAGCCAUACUUUACACUGGCUGUUUCAAAAAUUUAUGGUACCAUUACAUCAUGCAGGCCUGUACAUUUCUUUCCAAAUGCCUUGGGCUAAAGCAAAAUGCCCCCCUGGGCACUGUUAGCCUUUGAUUGGAAAGAACAUUAGUGCUUUACGGUUAUUCCUGCAACAGUAUGUUUUCACUGCAGACAUUUUGAAAUCCAAAGUUACAUUAUUUUGCAUGGUGCCUCACCUGUUUUUCCUACAAUAGCAGGUGGAAAGGUCUGUUUUGAAAAGAAGAGGGCGUUAAGGAAGGGUACUAGAAUACAGCACAGUAAUGGCUGCCUAAUGAGUCGAUUUACGAGCGUCAUGCAAAAACAUGCAAACAUUAGUUUGUACUCAGUGCUCAUGUCUGCAUUGAAUUUUGAAGUGUGGCCAUACGUCACGUAAAGGAGGACUGUGGGUUACACCAGGAAAAAAAGAAACCUGCAAGGGAAAAAAGCCUUAAUAUUUGCUGUGUGACUGUUCUUUAAACUGUGACUCACUCCCUUAUAACACUUUGUGUAUCCUAACAAUAAAAUCAUUCUUUAAAGUCA